ACACAUUCUCACAACUGAAAUGCUUUCUCCUGAAAACUUUACUGACAAAACUACCAGCGUUAUCUCAAAAGCAAACGAGUUGGCUGCUGAAUACUCUCACAUUGAAAUCUCUCCCGUCCACAUUGCAGUCGCUCUUUUUGAUGACGAAAGUGGUUUGUUUCGUUCCAUAUUACAAAAAGCCGGUGCAGAUCCUGCCAUGUGCGAACGAAAAUUAAAAUCGAUUCUCGUUCGUCAAUCCUCACAGACCCCUGCGCCUACUCAAAUCUCCUUUCAUCACACAACCGCUGCUUUGAUUCGCACUGCCGACGAAAUUCGAAAGAAGCAAAAGGACUCGCAUCUAAGCAUUGACCACUUGAUCUUGGCAUUAUGUGAAAACAAGGAGAUCAUGGCUGCUCUUGCUGAAGGUGGUGCUACCAAAAAAGCCAUUGAUGCUGCCAUCACUCAGAUUCGUGGUUCCCGCCAUAUUGAUUCCAAAUCUGCCGACUCGACCUACGAGGCACUCUCCAAAUAUGCCAUCGAUUUGGUUUCUCUUGCCGAACAAGGAAAACUCGAUCCCUGUAUUGGACGAGACGAUGAAAUUCGCCGUGUCAUUAGGGUUCUUGCUCGACGAACAAAAAACAAUCCCAUCCUUGUUGGCGAGCCCGGUGUUGGAAAAACAGCUAUUGUUGAAGGCUUGGCCCAACGUAUUGUCCGCAAGGAUGUUCCCAUGAGCUUGCAAGCCCGUCUUUACUCUCUUGACAUGGGUGCGCUAAUUGCUGGUGCGAAAUACCGUGGCGAGUUUGAGGAGCGGCUCAAGGCUGUGCUCAAGGAGGUUAAAGACUCCAACAGCAACAUCAUUCUUUUUGUUGACGAGAUUCACACAGUUCUUGGUGCAGGAAAAUCAGACGGUGCUAUGGAUGCUGCCAACUUGAUGAAGCCCAUGCUUGCUCGUGGCGAAUUGAGAUUGAUUGGUGCUACGACUCUGGGUGAGUACCAAAAGCAUGUCGAAAAAGAUGCUGCAUUUGAGCGUCGUUUCCAACAAGUAAGUGUUGGCGAGCCGUCUGUCGAAGCUACUGUAUCUAUUCUCCGAGGCAUUCGCGAAAAAUGGGAAGUCUAUCAUGGUGUUCGCAUUGCUGAUGCAGCACUGGUCACUGCCGCUACUCUUGCUGACCGUUACAUCACCACUCGCUUCCUGCCUGACAAAGCAAUCGAUCUUGUUGACGAAGCGUGUGCAAGCAUCCGCGUUCAGCUCGACAGUCAACCCGAGGCCAUUGAUAUUCUCGAUCGUCGUUUGCUCCAACUUGAGAUUGAGGCUACAGCACUUGAAAAAGAAAAAGAUGGCGCCAGUGCUCAACGUCUUGCCAAGGUUCGACAGGAAAUUAGUCACAUUCAAGAGCAACUCAAACCACUCAAGAUGCGGUAUGAUUCUGAAAAGGGUCGUAUUGAUGAGCUGCGCCAUCUAAAUCAGAAACUAGACGAGCUCAAAAACAAAAUUGCAGACGCUGAGCGACGAUACGAUCUUGCUCUCGCUGCUGACCUCAAGUAUGGUGCCGUACCAGAUCUACAGAAGCGUAUUGCCACUAUAGAGGAACAAAUGAAGGCUGAGCGCACUCAAAUUGAAUCUUCUGGCGCUGUCGAGUCUAAAUUGGUUAGCGAGCAUGUUGGUCCAGAUAAUAUUAUGGAGGUCGUAUCGAGAUGGACUGGUAUUCCUGUGACCCGCCUCAACAAAAGUCAAGUUGACCGUCUAAUUCAUCUCGCUGAUGCCCUUCACAAACGAGUUGUUGGCCAAGACAAGGCAGUAAAGGCCGUUGCCGAUGCAGUACUUCGAUCGCGUGCUGGUCUCUCUGGAUCUGGCACGAUUGGCAGCUUUCUCUUCCUUGGUCCUACUGGUGUUGGCAAAACCGAACUUGCAAAAACCCUUGCUCAUGAGCUGUUUGAUGACGACAAAAAAGGUCUGUUGCGUAUCGACAUGAGCGAGUACAUGGAACAACACUCGGUUGCACGCUUGAUUGGUGCUCCACCAGGUUAUGUAGGAUUUGACGAAGGUGGUCAACUUACUGAAUCUGUUCGUCGACACCCAUACUGCGUAAUUCUGUUUGACGAAAUUGAGAAAGCUCAUACCCAAGUGCUCAAUAUUCUACUGCAAGUCCUUGACGAUGGUAGACUAACCGACGGCAAGGGUCGCACUGUUGACUUUACCAACACAGUGAUCAUCAUGACCUCCAACCUGGGAUCGCAAUAUCUUGCAAAUACCGAUACCAAUAACAAGAGCAACCCGUCCACCAAUCCCGCGGUACGCGAGAUGGUCAUGACGGAAGUGCGCAGCAAGUUCAAGCCAGAACUCCUGAAUCGUAUUACAGAUAUUGUACUCUUUGAUCCUCUUGCCAAGGUUGAGCUUCGCAAGAUUGUACGGAUUCUUUUGGCUGAUAUCGAUAAACGUCUUUUCUCUAGCCAUCAAAUCCGCCUCCAUGUAUCUGAUGAAGCUGCCGAUGUGGUUCUUGAUCGCGCAUACGACCCAGUAUACGGUGCUCGUCCACUGCGAAGAUACUUUGAACGAUCACUUGUAACAGAAAUAUCCAAAUUGCUAAUAUCUGGAAAACUGCCAGACGGAAGCUCAGUGUCUAUCGAUACAAUCGACUACAACGUGCCACACAGUGUUGUAUUAGAUGAUCAGCUAUGUAUUCGCAUUGAAGCACCCAAGCAAGGAUCUUCGAUUCCAGCAGACAUGGAGAUUUAACCAGUUUGAAUUACACUAUUGUUUAACCAUGCAUUAUAUACCCAACAAUAAACAUGCGAAUUAUUUUAAUUG